UGUGCAUUAUCAGCCGGCUCGGCUAGGUGCAAAAUGUAAACAAACGCUGUUAGCUUAAUAUAGUACAGAAUGAAGGAGAAACCAAGAUCCAGCGACUCCGAUUCGGAUUCUGAGGAUGAUGCGCAGAUGCGUCAGUUCCUGGAGGCGGCAGAUACCACCCUGCUGACAAAUGCCAUGUUUCAGGGGCAGCCGAAAGUGGAGCCAGGUGAAAUAGCCAAGGAGGAGCAGCCAAUGGUCACUGGCAAGGAGGAUAAACCGAUCCCAAAGAGCGAACGCCACCUGGAGGAGCACGAGGCCCCCGCCAGUGACCUCCAGAUCACGCGGGAGAUGCAAACGCACAUCUGGAGCAGGCUCAGUGGCAUAAUCCAAGAGCAAAUUGAGUUUUCCCUGGUCAAGCCCAAUCCCCUGAAGAAACAGAAGCCCCCACCCGACAAAGUUAAGCUGGUAUCCAAUGCCGAUUGCUAUUUAAUCGCCGAUUUGGUGGUGGAAGGCCCUCCAGGUCCUAAAAAGAAACCCAAAAUCAAAAGACGGACCUCCAAAGAAGAUCAAUCCUCGUCAGAAGCUCUCAACUCUGUGGUGGUCUCUGGUGAAUCCAUACUCGAGGGCAAGGAUCUGCUCGCCUGGGCCCAAAAGAAGCCGCGUCCGGACAAGAUCUUCCAGUACAGAGCCAGCGAUCCUAAGGCAACCAAACUCCUGGCCAUUGAAGCCACAAACGAGUUCACCAAGCGAAGGCGACAAAACAAUUGGAACGAGUCUAAGAUUAGUAAAAAUAAAAUAAAUAAAUGACAUGGAAACUCUAUAAAUAACGUUAUGUAGAAAGGUAUUUAUUUAUUUAAAAAAAAUAUGGCCUUAACAUUAAAACUUUAAACUGGAGAUCUAAGUCGAUCCCUUGAAGAUUUAAAAGGUUUAAUUUGUAUAACUAAUGUAAUCAGGAAUCUUGAACUAAAGUUAUGAAAAACAAAAUGUUUAAUUAUUAAAAUUUCUAUGGGUUUAUGACUUUAAACUAAAGAUCUUAGUUGAUCCAUAAACAACUUGAAAGUUUUUAUUUUUAUAACCAAUGUAAUAAGGAAUGGAUCUUCUUGAAAAAAAAAUAUUUAAAUAUUAAAAAUUCUAUGGCUUUAUCUUUUAAUGAUAAACCUUAAACUAAAGGUCUUAGUUGAUCAAUAAACAAUUUGAAAGGUUUGAUUUGUGUUACUAAUAUAAUCAAGAAUAAAUCCUCUUGAGCUAAAUUUAUGAACAAUAAAAUUUAAAUUUUAAAUCUUA